UCAGUGCCGUAGACGGAAGGCCGUAUUCGCGAUUCUCAACUUGGAAUACAGGGUUUUGCAUAAGAAGACCCCUUAUGCCAAAGCACUAAUUCACGCUUUCCAUCACACAGCUGCAGAAAAGUCUCCUACAUCCAGAGAACACCAUCUUUUCAUCGUCCGCCAAUUCCUCCCUCGACUGCUGUAUCCAGAUGGGGCCACGGCGUCAUCUGGCGCUCGCAGUGACCCCAAAUCUAGUUUCACAGUUCCGUCACACGCGCUAUUUAAAGCAGGGUCGACCUAGCAGGGAAGUCUCCGUCUCAGCAAACUUCGUGUUCGACCUGGUGUUCGACUUGUCGCUUCCUUUUCGCAUCUGCAGUAUAACAACAUGUCUGCCGAACCUAUCGGAACUGCUCGGAGUCCAUGUCCUAGCUAACAUACACACAACGGUCGUUUGUCGAAGCGCAUACUUCAUCCUUCUCUUUCCUUUGUUUUCUGAAAAUCAACUUACAUUGCAUCGCGGACGGUUCCACGGCCACCAUGAAGUUGACGAAUGCGACGUGCGUCGAGUCAGACUCUUUGACAAAAAUAUAUUCGAUGAUGGCCAGACGAAAACGAAAACGUUGUGGUCACAUAUGUGCCACAUUAAGAAGCACUGUUGCCAAACGGAUAUAACACCCGCUAUCCCUGACCUAACCUCCAGUACGUACUGUUCAGAAAUACGGCUACGCAAGUAUGUUCGUGCAUGCCAGUUUCUCAAGAGGUAGGCGGGGUUUUCGUGUCCAAUGCUACAGGCUGCGGGUGCUUGCAGGCAUCGGGAUCUCAUCUGCUUCUUCAGUGCAGCUGUCUGUCGCCUGGCGCACAGCAGCAAUAUCGACCUGGUCCUUGGAACGAGCAAGUCCGGAUUCCCAUUAACCGGCAGAUGCACCACUCAUCGGCGGGAACAGCGCAUUUAAACGUGGUGCCGAUCGUAUCACAUUCAGUUUGUACGAUCCGCUUCACUUCCUUACAAUCAAGACUCCUCUACUUGAUCGCCAUUGCGAUCGAAUGCGUCUCGAGGAUUACCACAAGGUCAAUGAUAUCUUCGGACAUUGAUUCAUCAGUAU